AUGGCGCCCAUCAAGCUGUCCAAGAUCUUGGACAAGGAAGGGCAGGUGGUCUUCUUUUCUGCCACAGCUAUUGCGCUGUAUGGGUACGAUCAAGGCAUGAUGUCGCUCAUCAACACCAAUAAGAACUACCUCAGCACCAUGGGCAUCCCCGGUGACGACCCCCUUGUGGGCAUCAUCGUUUCCGUAUACUAUCUGGGGUGCGCCUUUGGUGCCAUCCUCGCCUCAUGGUUCUCCGACCGCUUCGGCCGCAAACCCUCCAUCCUGGCCUGUCUCCUCACUGCUUCCCUCGGCAAUCUGAUCAUGUUCGUCGCCGGCAUUCAUGGCACGGCCUACGGCCGCGAAGUCAUGCUCAUUGGGCGCAUCGUCAUGGGCCUUGGCGUCGGAGGCAUUGACGCCGUUGUGCCAGUCUACAGCGCAGAGCUCAGCACCGACGAGGCGCGCGGCACUGCGCUGGCACAGGAGUUCCAGGCCAACAUCCUGGGCCUCAACAUGGCUUUCGUUAUCAACAUGGCAUUGACGCACAAUCUGGGCAAGUACAGCCAGUGGGCGUGGCGCUCCCCAAUCAUCAUCAUGCAGAUCUUCCCCAUCACCAUGCUGGCCGUGACGGGCCUGCUGCCGGAAACGCCUCGCUGGUAUAUCCUGCAUGACAAGCCCAAGCAGGCGGAAAAAGCCAUCGCCAAGGUGUGGGGACAGGAUGCCGUUGAGGGGCGGAUCACCGCUCUGAAGGAAGCGCACAAGACGGAGCAGGAGGACGGCAUGGUGGGCUAUGCCGACAUGCUAUGGCCGACGGGCACGCAGUUCCAUCCGACAGUCGUGACGGUCAUGGGGCAGGUCAACCAGGCGCUGACGGGCUAUGGCGCCGUGAGCGUCUACGGCCCGCAGAUCUUUGAACUUCUGGGCUUCGGCGUCACCGAAGCCGAGUACCUGACCAUGGGCAACUAUCUAUUCUACCUGGGCAUGAUGACGUUCGCGUGGAUUCUGAUCGACCGCAAGGGCCGGCGCUGGCUGAUGGUGCGUGGUGCGUUCUGGCUGGCCGUAUCCUUCGCCCUAUUGGCCGUGCUUGGUGGGCUGGCCUACAACCGGCAGAAGUUGGGGAUACCGCUGCUGGCGACCGGGGUGCCGGGCAUUGUCACGCUGUACAUGGCGACGGCGGUCUUUGGCAUAGGAUGGCUCGUGCCGCCUUGGCUCGUCCCCGUCGAGAUAUACCCCAGCACCGCACGAGCGCAGGGGUCGGCGGUCAGUGUCGUGAUCUGGGGCUUGGCCAACUUCGCCGUGACGUUGCUGACUCCGAUCGGCUUCAACGAUCUGGAGUACUAUCUAUUUGUUGUGUUUUGUGGGACGAAUGCGGUCGCGGGCAUUUGGACUUGGCUGUACUGCCCUGAAACUGGCAAUCGAAGCUUUGAGGAGAACCAAGACUUCUUCAAGGAGGCGGCGGACAUUGGAGAGUGGGCCGUGGUGAAGGUGAAGAACGGAGAGUAUAAGAGAUUACCUGGAGAGAAAGGAAGUGACGAUGGGGAGGGUGGCGCUGGUGCAAAGAAGAAAGAUGAUGGAGAAAGGGAACCUUUACUAGGAAGGAGAGAUAGCUGA